AUGCGGAGGAGCACUAGAGGCGGGGCGCGGGGCGGCAACACUGUGGGGGGAGUUGGCGCGACGGGGGGAGUCGGGAAGAAGCGGAAGCGCGGGGGGAAACAGCAGAUGGGGGCAGCGCGGAAGUCGGGCGGAGGGCGGGUGGGAAUCGCAGUGAACGCGCGCAGGGGAGGCGUAAAUGGCGCGCAAGGAGGGAGCGAUGGGGGGAAGGGCGCGCUGGGCCGGGGAGUGGGCGCGGGGGGAACAAGGAGGGAGGCGGAUACGGGAAAAGGGAAGGCGGAGAAAGGUGGCGUGAUCGGGGGAGGGGAAGGGGAAAGGGUGGCAGAAGGGAGGGGGGAAGGUCUAGGAACGGCGGGGAAAGAGGAUGAGGGGGGCAAGGAUGGACAGGAGGUGGGAGGAAGGGUGGUGGUGAUGAGUGACGUGAGCGGGGAGGAGGGCGGCAGCAGUGGCGGGGGCAGCGGGUCGUUGGGUCUGGACUCGGGCUCAGAUGGGGGGGAGGAGCGGUCAGAAGAGGGCAGUGAUGCUGUGCGGAUUGGGGAGGAGAAUGGUGCGACAAAGGCGAGGAAACGAGCGAAGAAGGCCGAGCAGAAGGAGCGAGAGGAGAAGCUGGGGAAGGCUAAAGCAGACAAGCUGAGAGCGAGGGAGAGGAGGGCGGAGGAGAGGCGGCGGCGGGCGGAGAGAGAGCGGUUGCGGGUGGAGAAAGAGCGGUUUGAGGCGGAGCAGAGGGAUGCAAAGCGGCGGAGAGUGGUGCAGGAGCAGGAGGCGGCGCAGGAGAGGCGUGAGGAGAGGCAGGAGCGGCGCGUGCAGGGCAUGCAGAAGGCUCUUCUGAAGCUGCUUAAGAAGCUGGCUGCUGGUGGCGCGGGAGCAGGCGGUGUGGGGGGAGGGGGCGGUGUGGGGGGAGGGGGGGUUGGGGAGAAGGGCGGCGGGGGUCCGGAGUGGGAGGUGGUGAGUCGUGUGCAUGCGAUGGCGCAUGGCGUGGCGGAUGGCAGGCUGGAGAAGGUGCUGCUGGGGGAGGGCAACACAAAGGGCAAGGCCACACAGAGGCUGCCGCUGCAAGCCAGGAUUCAAGUGAACGCCACCGCUCGUUCCGCCUCAGCCAUUCUGUUCCCGGACGAGGCAGUGGUGGUGGAGGGGCACGUACCGCGCCUUUGGAGUGCAACGACUUUUUUUGGCAUCGGGUCCAUGCAGAGCCUAGCAAACGGUGGUGGGUUCAACCGGCUGCUGGUUACCCCCGAUGGCGAUGGCUAG